ACGUCGAGAGCCGGACAGAAGUGGAAGGGACUUCUGAGAAGUCCUGACGGGGUGACGGGUUCUGGCUCUGAGACAGAGGCACCGGUGGAGGCACUCGACCUGGGAAGUACCAUUGCUUUUUGGCCCUGGCUGACCUUUAACCAUAAUCCUCCCAGUUUCUGCCUCCUGAGUACCUCGGAUUGCAGGUGUGAGCCAGUGCACCUGGCCUGACUCUUUAACAGAAGUCUAAGAAGUUGAGCUUGGGUCAACUUGGAUUAAAGUUAUCAAAGGAACACAAAAACCAGUAAUACCAGUUUACCUCUUGGACUCUUCUGCUAACACUCAUCUUUUCCUGGAAAAAUGAAUCAUUCCCACCAUAUGGGGACGCACGAUAUGGACCACAACAGUACCAUGUCACCUUCUCACUAUCACCCGACCACCUCAGCCUCACAUUCCCAUGGCAACAUGAUGAUGAUGAUGCCUAUGACAUUCUACUUUGGCUUUAAGAAUGUGGAAAUACUGUUUUCCGGCUUGGUGAUCAAUACACCUGGAGAGAUGGCUGGAGCUUUUGUGGCAGUAUUUUUACUUGCAAUGUUCUAUGAAGGACUCAAGAUAGCCCGAGAGAGUCUACUGCGUAAGUCACAAGUCAGCAUUCGCUACAAUUCCAUGCCUGUCCCAGGACCAAAUGGAACCAUCCUUAUGGAGACACACAAGACAGUUGGGCAGCAGAUGCUGAGCUUCCCGCACCUCCUGCAAACAGUACUGCAUAUCAUCCAAGUGGUCAUCAGCUACUUCCUCAUGCUCAUCUUCAUGACUUACAAUGGGUACCUCUGCAUUGCAGUGGCAGCAGGGGCCGGAACAGGAUACUUUCUCUUCAGCUGGAAGAAGGCAGUGGUAGUGGACAUCACAGAGCAUUGCCAUUAAUGUCAGACUUCAUGGUGUGGCCUUAUUGAUUGCAGUGGGAAGCAGUUUGAGACUGUAAGACAUAAUUCCAGCUCCAAUCAUCCCUUCUUGUUCCUGUCU